AUGAACAACGCGGUUAUCUUCACUAUCCUCAUCACCACAGUCAGCACCAUCCUUACCAUCAGCACCAGCAUCACCAACAUCACCAUGCUCAUCACCUCCCCGUCAUUGGCACAUUGUCCUCACGGAGCUCAGAAGAUGGAUGGCAGGGUCCCUGAAUCCCAGCUUCCACCACCCACCUCCACAACAUUCUCCUCCCACAAUACCAAGCUGUCCAAUGGGAACAAUCAGAACCUGGCUGAGGUAUGCGGGAGAAGCAGAGUCACAGGGAAGAUCUUUGGUGGUCAGGCGGCAGGGCCAGAGCGGUGGCCUUGGCAGGCCAGUUUGGUUUACAACGGCCGGCACAUCUGCGGAGCCAUCCUCAUUGCCAGCAACUGGGUGAUCUCUGCUGCUCACUGCUUCCGAAGGUCCCAAAACCCAAUGGACUACCGCAUCCUGCUAGGGUACAACCAGCUCAGCAAGCCCAGUAGGUUCAGCAGGCAGAUCAGAAUCGAUAAGGUCAUCAUCCAUGAAGAUUACAACAGGAAGUACCGCUUCGGCAGUGACAUCACUCUGUUACAACUGGUUCUCCCUGUGGAUUUCAACUCUCACAUCCGGCCUGCCUGCCUCCCAGACAAUGAGACCAUGUUGCCCAUGAAUAGCUCGUGCUGGAUAACUGGCUGGGGGAUGUUCGCUGAGGAUGUUUUAGUGCCAACAACUUCCCACCUGCAGGAGGCCAACGUCAGCCUUGCAGACCAAGACAAAUGCAAGAGGUUUUACAUUCCCCCUCCAGGCACGCCUCUAGACCAAGUGGUGACUGUACAUGAAGACAUGAUAUGUUCCGGUGGCUUUUGGGAUGACAAGACCAUCUGCCCAGGAGACACUGGGGGCCCCUUGGUCUGCUUCCUGAAUGAGGCCUGGCACCUCGUGGGUGUCACCAGCUGGGGUUGGCACUGCCGCAGACCUGUCGGCUACAGCGUCUCUGUCAGGGUCACCUACUUUUCCAACUGGAUCAAGGACAAGCAGCGGGUCACUCCAAUACCCAACCCCUCUGCUGCCCCUCCUGAGGAGACGCCCCCUGCCAUGACCAAUGUCUACAUUCCUGAAGAGGGCACAGCGUGCCUCAGGCCAAGAGUCUUCCUGGUGUUGCUGUCACCUGCAACCCUGCUGCUGCUGCUUCUCCUCCAGAGCCUGUGA